AUGGACAAACCUGCUGUGCUGAUUGUUGGUGGUCUCGGCUUCAUCGGUCGUCACCUCGCCCUAUACAUCCACGAAAACAACCUAGCCUCGGAAGUUCGUCUGGUCGACAAAGUCCUGCCUCAACUAGCCUGGUUAGCUCCCGAAUUCGCAGAAGCAUGCUCUCAGGACAAGUUCGUUCAAGCCGAUGCCAGCCGUGAACAACACUUCCCGCGCAUCUUCGACCGAGCCAAUGGUCAACAAUUCGACUACGUGAUCAACUGCGGCGGCGAAACCCGCCACUCCCAACCCGACGACGUCUACGAAGCCCGCAGUUGUCGUUUAUCAGUCGCCCUCGGCAAGGAAGUCGCCCGCCGCCGUAUCCCCGCCUUCAUCGAAACAUCCACCGCUCACGUCUACAAGGGCGAUUGGAAAUUGAGGGCCGCCGAAGAACUCCGCCAAAUCCCCGAUCUGCAGUACUGCGCCCUCCGCUUGCCCCACGUCUACGGUGCCUACGACCCCGGCUACUUCGCCACCGGGAUUUGUCUCUCGGCCGUGCACGUCGAUCUCAAACAGGAUUUGGUCCUCCUGCACACCAAGGACCUGAAAAUAAACACCCUCCACGUCAAGGACGCCGCCAGCGCGCUCUUCGAAGCCGCGAAAUGGCGCGCCGCUGCCGGCUUCAUCGAUAUGUCUACCGGCCCCAUUGCUUUCAAUGUCGUCGACCACAACGACACACGGCAGGAGCAUGUGGCCAAUGCGCUGACCGAGGUCUUUGGCCUUAAAGUCACCUUCAUCGGUUCGCUAGCUUCCCAACUCGCCAAGCUGAACUUGGACGAUGUGGUCGACGACAUGAAUGAAAUCAGUCUGCAGACUUGGGCGGAGCUCGUUGAGAAGGCCGGUAUCACACGACCGGGGCCAAUCAGUCCCUUCCUGGAACGCGAUGUGCUCAAAGAUCAGGAUAUGUCGAUCGACGGGUCGAGGUUCGAGAGCGCAACAGGCUGGAAGCCUGCAUAUCCCAAGUUCGGCGCGGAGAGCAUCCGCGAGAUCGUGGACAGUUAUAAGCGGAUGGGCUGGUGGCCAUGA